AUGUCGGUGGAGUCCCCUGGAGUGCUGGACACGUUCUUUGCUCAACUUCCUUUAUACCAGGCCCUUGGAGAUCAGAUCCAUACACGGUUCACUCCCCUGAGGUCGUAUGAAGGAUUCGCCACAGAUCUCAGCGAGAGAGCUGGCAGCGAUACAAAGUUCGAGGAAGAAAAAGAAAAAAAGGAAUUAAAGGAAGGCCUCUUCUAUAUUGUCACCUCUAGCGUAGAGUUUGAUCCAGGUACUAUGUGUGCUAGUCCCAGGGGGCUUGCAUCAGGGUCCACCGCGCGGUCAAUCGUCUGAGGCAUCUUUUCCUUGAUUAUUCACUGGAAUUUCAUGAACCGUAAAAAUAAAAAAAACAUGGUCAUGGAUGUAUAAAAUAAUUAGUCAAUGGAACCAUCUUUUCAUUUUUCUCAAAAGUAUCAGCUUCUUUUCGCUGAAAACGCUUCGCAGCUGAGUAAAACAAUGGUUCCGACAAUAAUUCCAGCUUUCAAACUUUUUUUAGCAAUCUGUCAAAACUUAAGUAAAUUUAACAGUGUAUUGGUAAUGUAUCAAAACUGAAAUAUUGGCAGUAAAAAACUUUGAAGUACUUUGCUCGUUUGACGCCUUGACGAUACCACGUCUACGGGUGGAUCUAGGUGCGUAUAAGAGACAAUAGAGACAUUUGCAAUGACGUUUACGGCAAACGGCAAUGGCAGAUUCAAGUUGAGAAUUUCUUAAAAUAGAAAACGUGCAGCUAAAAACAGUCCAAAAGAAUUGUUAUAGACAAACCUAAUGUAAAGCUACUAAUUUUGAGGUAGAAGUAAUAAACGGGUAAGCACAAGCUAAGGGACAACUUGGUCACGUGGUACAAAUUGCCGUAAACGUGACUCUAAAUAUCUCUAAUGUACGAAAGGUCGCGCGUGCGCGUGAAGUGUCCAUAAACGUAAACGUUGAGCGAGGUUCAACUUUUAAAUUACGCGACUGUGAAAAUCCACCCUCUCAAGCCAGGGAUGCUGGUUUUUAAACUAGCCAUUGGCCAUGUAGCCUCCCACGCACGCCAUGAUAUUAGCUCGGUGUUGUGUCGCAUUGCACCAUGGGAUUGUUUUAGGGACGCUAUCACUUCUUUUAUUAUUGGAUAAUGCGAGAUUGCGCAGGAAAGUACAGUAGAACCGCGGUACUCGAACUCUGAAGGGAAACUGAAAACAGUUUGAGGUAGCUAAGGGAUUCGAAUUAUCCGAGCUCGAGUUAUCGGGGUUCUACUGUGGGUCAAAUUCUUGCCACCCGCAAUACAAUAAGAAAUUGUUCCCCUCGACACAACAUCAAUCUAGUUACAAGGGCAGCUCAUUGUGGCCUAUCGAUCAGUUAGGAUUUAGACUAUUUCUCACCUGCCACUCGAAGUUUGAGCCCAAUUUCUCAGUUUUCAGUCUUCUCUGCAAGACAUUAAGAUUCAGUUAACAAAAAAGAUAGAAACAGUAACACUGUGUUUUUCUAACCUAACAGCCCUGAUGACGCAACAGGAUUUUCUCAAAGCCUGGGCCGAAGAGGCCAAAGUAGCCGUGGGUGCGAAAAAAUUAGGAACCUUGCUGGACUUAUGGAAAGUGGUCGCGGAAAAAAAGGUAGCAAUUUGUAGUAACUGCAUGAGCCCAUAAUCAGAAGUGAGCCACUCCCAUAAUAGGGUUAGAUGUCACGUAUUUUUCUCGGACCGGUUUAUUUUUAGCUACAUUUUAGAUGUUUAGAGCACUUUUUCUCCGAAAAGGGAAGCUCCGCUCGAUCUUUGAGUGCACUUUGUCAUUUUGGGGCUAACGAAGUCGCGCAAAUGAGUCUUAUCAACGCUGGUGGGCCAAGCGAUGCCCUUUCUUCUCUUAUUCGGAGCUUAUUCAAAUUAAGCACACGUUCAUUUGAAUUUUCCGCUUCGGCGGUCAUGAAUAACUAAUUAAUGGUGUCCACUCAUUCUGUGCUAUGACGGCUCGAUGUUAGGAAUAAAAGGAACAAAACUCACUGUCCUUGUUAGCGGUUGCGUACGGGUAGUCACACCUAUAAACAGUAAUUUGACUGUGAAAAUCUCACUUACCAGAGGUGGUCGCACAUAGAAGUUCCACUGUAGUAUGAGAACUGAUAGAGGCUCCAUAUAUAGACUCCACUGGUGGGACUUUCUUGCGCACAUUCUUAAUUGCAGGAAUUUUAAUUAUUUCCAUUGUCAUAUUUGUUUUAAAUUUGUAAAGUUCUACUUUUGUAUUGUGCCAACAGGUCAUAUUACUUUUUUGAGUUCAGGAUCCAGCAGAGCUCGAUAGAAUGUCUUUAGACCUGCCGAUCGCAAAGAAGACGGGAAUCAUAGUCCGUCAGCAGUGCAAAUCAAUAAGACCGAUAGGGGAAUGGGCCGAGGACCUUAAAAAGCUUGCAGAGUAG